CACUAAAACGGCAAAUAGGCAGUUUCCAGUGGUAAGAGCAUUGUUUACCGGGAAUGUUUACAUUCAAAUAGAGGCAAAGUGUGCAUGGUUACGUCAUGUUUAAUAUACAAGCUAAUAUAAUAAGAAAGGUUUGAUAAAAAUAAAAUGCAAAAAAACAUAACUUCAAGAGUCAAAUUAGCUUUCUAAACUCGAAAGUCGUAGCACCUUUUUCAAAGAUUCUGCUGUAGAUAUUACCGACUUUUUUGCACAGUUUACUGUAACGUUAGUCGUUAUUCCGAUUAUUUUCAUUCAAACAUGGCUUAUUUUAAAUGUACACUCCGGGUCCUUCGCUACGUAAUUUUGUCUUUGAUAAAUCACGUGUUUGCUAAAGACGACUUGGUUCUUGAAGAUCAUCUGUUGGCAAGCCAUGUUUUUCAAACUGUUUACACCGACGACUGGCUGAACUGUGUUCAGCUCUGUUUCGAUGAGCCACACUGUAUUUCUUACAACUUCAAGAUAAACCACGGGCCAUGUGAACUGGUCGAAUGUAGGGUCGAAGAUAUCUGCCACCGGGAUGACUCACUAAUCUAUUCCAGAGGGUUUGUUUUCCAACAGUUACGAACAAUAGGAAAGGACGAUUGUAAAAUGUCACCUAAGAAGAAGUUUAGUGCCAACGCCGAUCGCUCCCUGCAGUUUUCAAGGAAUGAAAACCCAGGAAGAGUCAGUAUCCGAGACUUGGCAAGCCUUGAAGCUUUCACUAUUGGUUUCUGGAUGAAGACGGACGACAAGCUAAACAAAGGGACACCUUUCAGUUACGGCACUUCUGAGCAAAGCAAUGAACUGCUCUUAUACAACUACCAGGAAUUUCAUUUGAUCAUCCACGGUGAAAGCAGGAGGUCCACCAUAUCUGCUACGGAUGGGAGUUGGCAUCAUAUCUGUGCAACGUGGGAGAGUGUCACUGGAUCAUGGCAGCUGCUUAAAAAUGGCGUAGUUGUGGCAGCAGGUCGAGAUUUGCAAAGAGGUCACGUAAUACCUCAAGGAGGAGUACUGGUACUGGGUCAAGGGCAAGACUUAGCAGCUGGUGAAUAUGCGGGUCACCAGAGUUUUAUUGGUGAACUAACAAGUGUCCAGUUAUGGCACUUCGUAUUGCCUGCUGCAGAAAUAAACCGAUUACUUCUUUCGUGCCAGAUGGGGCGUGGAAACGUACUCGCUUGGUCAGAUGUUUUAAAUGGCACUUUCAAUGGAGCGGUCGAGUUGGUUUCAACAUCUUCAUGCAAUUAGAUCUUUAUAGUUAUGCAGUAUAGUAUGCUGGCAGCUAGUACCUACUGUUAAUUCCCAGUGAGGUGGUUUGAGAAGAGAAGCGUUUUGCUGUCAACAUAAUUUUGUGUUUUAAUAUACUUAAAGCCUGCGUGCUAUGGAUUUUCGUGCUUGAAAGCUUUAUUUCUGCAGCGGUGAGUGACCUAGCAUUUUUUUCCCUUGGCUUUAAUUAGCUCCAGACCAGCUGUUCCCUGAUCAGCCAAAAGAAACAACCAGAUAUAACAUUGUUAACGCGGAAAAAUUUUAAGCAUUGUUCCUGGCGCUCCUAUCCUAUGAAUGAAAGACAAGUUGUUAGGUCGUCAAUCGCAAACUUGUCUCCGUAUUCCAGAACCGCUAUGAAGACAAAGAGAUUUGCUGACUUGCUCCAAGCCUCCUUGCUUUGUCUAUAUUUCCACAUUAAAUGAAUGGAAUGGGUGAAAAUGCAUUGCAGGGAAUAUUUAAACUGAUAUGAAUUUAAUGUAUUAUUUGACAGCAUUCUAUGUUAGCCCAGUUAGUUCUUCUUUUAACAAAAAAGUUAUGUCAUAAUAUCAUCCCAUGGAAAGUCCAAAAAAAUGGAUGUUGGUAUAUUUACUCGCCCUUUUGCCGGGUUUGGCAACAUUCGGAAAAUGCAUCCCUCAUUACGUAGUUUGAUUUAAGUUAAGCAGGAAUUUUAAGGAAACUGGGACGAACAAAAGAGAUUUGCCGCCUUAUUUUCAAACGAGGCUUCAGUCACCUAACCCGGUUUGCCCUAGAUAAACUAAAAACAUUUUUCUUUAAUCUAGUCUAGAAAAAUUUGUUCGCAGCUUUACUCUUUUAUACGCAGUACACUACGGGGAUUCGGAAGGAUAUUAGAAAACCAUCGUUCUAUUUACCAAAAUGAAGACGGUGUUCCAUUUUCUCUUAGAAGAUAAAUGCCCGCUUAAGGUCUAGGAACACUGCUAGU